AUGGGUUUGAGUACCAAGCAAGUUUCUAGUGAUGGGCUCGAUUGGAGCCAGGCCAGCUUGUUGCAAGGUCAGACUUUUCAGCUCCCAAAAUCACCUUCUGCCAUGAGGAGGCAACAACCUGAGCCUUUGAAGUGCCCAAGGUGUGAAUCUACCAACACAAAGUUCUGCUACUACAACAACUACAACAAGCAACAGCCGAGGCACUUCUGCAGAGCUUGCAAGCGGCAUUGGACCAAAGGCGGCACUCUCCGGAACGUCCCUGUUGGCGGUGGCCGCAAAAACAGGCGCCUCAAGAAAUCAUCAAACAGUACUUCUGCCUCUGCUGCAGCCACAACAACCACCACAAACAGUGCGGCAAUUGAUCAAACAGAUCACCAAGAGCAGAAACCCAUGUCUCAAGUUUUCUAUCAGGCGCUGCCUCAACAGAAUUUGGAUAAUACUAUCAUCUUUUCGUCCACAUCAUCACCGGGUUUAAGUGCCAGUACUCUGCCUUUCCUUCAUCAGAGUAGAAACUUGAGCUUUCCCUUCUCAAGCUCAAUUAGCACCACUUCAAGUUCCUUGGACACAAACUUGUCUUCCAUCUCAACAUCUUUGCAAUCCUCAAAUGUUUAUAACUACGCCACCGCGGCAGCCGAGGAUCAAUUCAAAGCCAUGGAGGAGCCAACCAUUACAAGCAUCAUGCCCAACAUUUCUCAGCCUAAUUGGAAAGUGCCCACUUCAAGCAACGCCAUGGAUGUGUAUUCAAACGACUGGAACUGGGAAGACAUUGAAACCCUUGUUUCUACUGAUCUCAAUCUGCCUUGGGACGGUUCUGAUAUAAAACCAUAA